AUGCUCUUGACAAAAGAGAGUUUGCAACACGGCACCUCCAGGUGUUGGAUGCGGGACCCUACGCAGCUGGCAAGUGGUGUGUUGUUGUUGUUUGCCUAAGCCAGUAACACGCCAGGCCAGACCGGAUCCAGCCCUCUGUUCGAGCGCAUGGGCCUGGUGAAGAACCAUGAAUCGAUCAAGACACAUGGGCAAGAUCCGGAGGCGGCUGGAGGACGUCAAAAACUGGUCCUUCCGGCUGGCGAAACUGGAUUUCAGUCACAACGAAAGUGUCCGGCUGGCCACGGACGCCCUCUUAGAUGGUGGGCUCCAGUCUUAUCUCAAGGCCUUGGACGAAGAAGGAGAAGUGGACUUCUUGUCCACCGUGGAAGCUCAGUACAUCAAGAGGAACGCGAGGGAGCCUUACUAUGCCAGCGACACACACCCUGAUGGCGAAACCGGGCCGAGGCAGAAUAAUGACGCCAGGUCCCUCCAGUCAGGAACGUACUUCCCUCUCGUCUCGGAGAGCAGCGAACCGGCACUUCUCCACACAUGGAGCGCUUCCGAGAAGCCCUACCUGAAGGAGAAGUCAAGCGCCACGGUGUAUUUCCAGACGGAUAAGAACAGCAAUAUCCGGGACCUCAUACGCCGCUGCAUCAACAAGACCACUCAGGUACUGGCUAUCCUGAUGGAUGUGUUCACUGAUGCCGAGAUAUUCUGCGACGUCUUGGAAGCCGCAAACAAGCGGAGGGUGUUUGUCUAUCUGCUGCUCGACCACAGCAACCUAAAGCUCUUCACUGAAAUGUGCGACAAGCUCCAUGUGUCCGAGGGUCACUUCAAGAAUAUUUCCGUGCGGAGCGUCACAGGGGAGGUUUACUGUGCCAAAUCGGGCCGAAAAUUCUCCGGGCAAAUCCAAGAAAAAUUCAUCAUCUCAGACUGGAGAUACGUUCUGUCUGGAUCGUACAGCUUCACGUGGUUGUGUGGCCAAGUCCACCGCAACUUCCUCUCCAAGUUCACGGGCCAAGUGGUGGAGCUGUUCGACGAGGAGUUCCGGCACCUCUACGCCCUAUCCAAGCCUGUGGCCGGGUUGAGGCCUCCGUCGCACACGUCCCUCUUCCUGCUCAACAAGAGCACAGCAGCCACCCAAGGCAGCCUCACCAACAGCAGCAACCAGGGCAGCCUCCGCACCCCCUCAGACCCCUUCAGCUGCCUGUCGAACCACAGCGGCUCGAGAAGCAGGCAAUCUCCCAAGGCUCCCAUCCGCAGCAGCCACCCGGCGUCGCCGUCGCCUCUCAGCAGGGUCCACUCUUUCCACGGUUACACCGCCUACAUGACCCCACCGCCCAACGGCAUCCAGGUCAACUACUACCACCGGCAGUACAUCAGCGACUCGCCGGCAGUCCUUUACAACAAAGUCAACAUCUACAGGCCUAUGAGGAUGAGGCAAGAGGAUGUCAAGAGGGCACAGAUGAACCCAGUCUGGAGGUGCCUUCACAACGCCAACCUGAUUGGAUGA